AUCCAGUGCGUCGGGGGACCUUGCAUUCUUGUGUCUUCGCGUCUGCCGCGUCUGCUGUAUGUUUGCACCGGAUGCGAAGAAAUCCUCGUUUUUUUUUUUUUGAGAACUCUGCAGUUUAUAAUUUGUGACCAGAUCCUUGAAUCAGUCGCUCGAAUCAAGCGGGGAGAGACGCGUUUCUUUGCUAAUGUUGUAACCAAGUCGGGCUCGUUUGACCGCACAGUUCGAGGGGUCAUUCGUCAAGAUACCGCUCGUUACUAUUAUUAUCAUUUAAUUCAAAACGACCUCGGGGUUCAGACAGUGUUCCGCCGAUAUGCUGUAUGUGUGUCGUUUGAGGCGGUGGACUGGUCGUUGCGAUGUGCUUUGCUGUGCUAGCACACGAUAUCUAGUUGCUUCGUGAUACACGUUCGUCACGCAUCUGAGCCCGCGAGGCCAACAACAAACUAAUUUUCGAGUGGCGCUAUGCGUGUUGCCGGAACAAAGAUGGGCUCGCCGAGUGUUCGGGUACUCCAUACUUCUCAAGCAUGAACGCCCGAUUGGUAGGAAUGGUGCGGCAGGUCGCGGAGCGCUGUGAUGUACCACGGGUGCUGCUCUACAAAGAUGCAACAUCGGAGGUGACAAAACAAGUACCGGAGACAACCAGAUUGGUAGCCGUGGGCGGCACACGGCCGUCCCUUGCUGUCUACAUUAUGGGAAAGAAGACGAUCGAACGUGUGGAGUUGUUCGACAACUCGCGGGGCAGCGGCAUACUGUGCGGGGCGUGGAGUGCAGUCACGUUACCUCAGGGCCAAGUACAUGGCAGGGCUUGACAUUACGUGAAUUACGUGUCUGCUACGCGGCCAGCACGAGGAAAUGGCUUUCCACGCCGUGAUGGAGUGUUGUGUGCUGAGGCCACUCGUGCCACCUGAUGUGGAUAACUGCCGUUACACCGGAGCUCGUGGUAUUGAAACCGGCGUGGCAGGAACGGGCGACGUGUAGUGGCGAUGCGUCCAAUGUUCCGACGACGGAUGGACACUGGAAAGCCCCUGUAUCUGGGAAAAGUGGUGCAUUCUCUUUCCUUCUCAUUCAAAAUACCCUCCUUAACCCACCUCUAGCUUCCGGUAUGUGACGGAGGCGCCCUCUGGAUGUCCCCAAGCGUCUCGAUGUCUCACUCAGUUCAAGUGGCGCGACGCCGGUCGUGUAAACUUUUCUCGUCACAUAAGUGUGGCAAUGACCUCAUUUAGAUCCCUCAUUUGCAUCCGAUUGCCCUGAAGCCGCUCUAGAUCUGUUCGUCCAACUGUGAAUCCCGAAAGUGCUUGGAUAAUUGCCCCAAUCGUCCCUACUGUGUAGCAUUAUCGGUACAGCAGCCCUGAUGAUUGUUAUGGAAAAAUAGAAAAAGAAUUGUGCAACUCCAUGGGAGAAGUCACGACUUGCCAGCACUCGCCCCAGACCAUCCUCUUGUAUUUUUUUUUUUUUUAAAGUGUGAUGUGAUGCUGUAUGACAAGCAAUUUCUUUCUCUCAGUGCAUUUGUCAUUCAAAGUUCAUUGUUUCUCAAACAAGCACAAGAUGGCUCCACUUUACAACAGCAAAAAGCCUAGUUUUCUAUCCUGUUGUAUGUUUACGAGUCAUUGUAUUGCCUCCGGUAUUUUGUAGAUAAACCUUACUACAAACAAACAGUGCAAAAAACAGAUAAAGAAAAGGAAGCGAACAUACCCUGCAACACUGUGGUGUGUUUGUCCCCCUUAUUCGUCUGUCUUUUGUUUUGUUUGUUUUUAAUAGUGGUCUACCAAUAAACCGUCAUCAGCUCUCCUUUUUAUAGUUUCACUAAUCAAACAAUUUUUUCUUGUUUUUAGGGGUUUCAUGUACUGUCUGAUGUUGGGGUGUGGACUUGUGAAUAUAUACAUUGCGGCAUGUUCAUAAUUGAGAUACCAUCUACAGUAAGGAUGCUCAAUUGACUGUCUUCGUUGCAGACAGUGCCCCUCAUUCAAGCUAGUUCAAUAUUGCUGCUAUUCCUAAUGCUGGAUCUUGUAUGGCAUUGGACGUAGCAGUAGACGAGACAAAUGCUCGUUGCCAUCAAAGGCAUUGUCGUCCAGUUCCAGUUUUUUUUAACUGGGUCAAAGCUUUUAGACGUUUUGCGGAAGCUGGUAGUUCUACGGCUGACUAUAGUCGCGGCAGGGCAUUUCUCUUCGAUGUCCAGCUUCCAGCAUGCGCUCGCUGCCUUCCACCAUGCUUGGGUUGUGCAUGCAAGCUCAAGGCUUACAAUGUACCGAAGCAUUAUAGAAGGCAGGAAUCUUGCCUUGGAGGCGGGACAACUGGAGAUUCUCCUUGCCGAUCUAUCCCUGUUAAUGUCUAAUCUUGCAGUUUUCCUGCUCUUUGCUGCAUGCAAACGCUUCCUCGCCUCUUCAUUGCUAACGUGAAAAACUUCCUGCACUUUUUUUUUUCUCCAGAAGAGAUUCUCCCUGACCUGACAGGUGAACGCUUUCUCCGCUCGGAGUCCGGCAGUCGACUCUUCCUGGACGGGUACAAGGAAUUCGUCUCUAGAGUCAAGGAAGAGCCGGGUGACGAUCCAGCCUUUGACCCAGAGGACGAGAGCCUCGACCACGAAGACAGUAACAGCCAGCCCCCACCCCAGGGACAGUGGUGGAAAAGGACACGCCCUGGCCAGGAACGCGGCAAGCACAAGUGCCGCUUCUGCCUCUACUCGAGCAACAGGAAGAGUCACGUGACCACCCACGAGAGGAUCCACACGAAGGAGAAGCCCUUCUGCUGUGGCGUCUGCCAGCAGACAUUCACGCAAAAGGUCCACCUGCAGGAUCACGAAAGGAUCCACACAGGCGAGAAGCCCUUCACGUGCGACCUUUGCCAGAAGAGGUUUGCACUCAAAAUCAACUUGACGGCCCACCAGAGGACACACACGGGUGAGAAGCGACACCAGUGCGGCGUGUGCGGGAAGCGGUUCAACGAGAGCGGCAAUCUGGUGACUCACUUGAGGAUGCACACGGGGGAGAAGCCGUUCAAGUGCGUCACCUGCGGAAAGGCGUUCACGCGGAGUAACUACUUGAAGGCUCAUCAGAGGAAGAGCCACGAGGGCGAAAAACUUGCCAGCAGGACGCCUGCGGAAGACGUCGGCACCAAAGACUCGCUUAGCGGGUCUCUGUUGGAGCAGGAUCAGUGAAGGGCCGGCUCCAACGGAGCAUUGCAGCCAGUCAACCGAAGAUAGCCGGUUGAGAUUGCUUCGAACAUCAAAGGCAAAAGCUUUGACAUCACCAGCGAGGGACCAAGCCAACGACGAGAAGAUGGGCUCCUUCGUGGCCUCUGUUCUCACUCGAGUCGUAACAAGAGCCAUACAAAGCUUCACGAAGGGACAUUUGAGCCAGAGAGGCCGUUCUAUCAAGAAGGAGUUUCUGGGAGGCAUCACCUAAGUGCUCCUGGAGGAACCCACAGACACAAAAGCCACUCCGAAGGCAGCACUCUCGGUGGCACGCUUACGAGCAACUUUUUGUUGACAGUUCACGGCAGGAUUCAUUCCGAUGAAAGACCCUUUAUGCUUCCGGGUAGGCCCUCGGCUGCUCGCCAUAGGAUUCAUUCGGACGAAAGGCCCCUGAUGUGCACCACCUGUCUGAAGGUGCUUCCUUCAAAGAGCAAGCUCCAGGAGCACGAAAGAGUGCACACAGGCGAGAGGCCCUUUGAGUGCACGACAUGUGGAAAAACAUACAAGCGGAGAACUCACUUGAGAGACCAUCUGUUCAGCCACAUGCCAGUGGCCAAUCUACAAUGACAGCGAUAGGCAUGCUCUAUUUAAAUAUCGCUCGGAUGAGCAGAGUGUGACCAUCCAUUCAUUUGUUUAUUUUUUGACGUGCGUGUGGGAAAUAAAACUUGAUAAUCAGCA